UUCUCGAAGCGUUCGGACGCUUAAAUUCGGUGCUUAAGGAUAAAACGAUAAACUUAACUAAAAUCUUAUCUAUCAGCGAACAAAGUAAACAGUAAUUAUGAUUGAUUUCUGAGCGUCGUCGUGUCUUUUCAAUAUGUUUCAUUAAUCAAAUCGAAAAACGUAACAAGCGAAAAAAAAGCAAAAUUGCAAACCUCGCGAAUCGCUGGAAAUUGCGCGUGUGCGGGUGGAACAGAGUGACACUCGAGUGAAAAUCAUCGCCAAAGGAAAAGAAAAGGCGGAUAAAUUAAAAGGAAAAACGCCCGCGGCGAAAUUGUAUGGUAUUUGUAUGGGUGUCCAAAAUCGGAAGGAGAAAUACCAAAAGCAAAAAAGUUCCAGCAAUUGCAAAAAAAAAGUUUGUGUUUGUGAGAGUGGGUGACAAAUAAUUGGGCAGCAAUAAAGAAAGUCAAUCAGCGAUAAGCCGGUUAAACAAUUAAAAAAAGACAUUAACGCAUGUAACGCACAAUAGUUGGUCCUAAAAAACUAGGAGAUUUUGAACAUGAACAAAAAUGCCGGCGAUGGCAGCGAUGGCAAAAACUCAAACAAAAACUCGAAUGCGGGAGGGGGUGCUGGAGCCGGGGGGCCACAUGAUCCCACCGGCCUUCUAGAUGCAGCUUCCCUCUUUGCUUACUGGGGACGUGAUCCAACUGGAGCGGCAGCUGCAGCGGCUUCCAAUCCGCUGUUCAACUCGCAGUUCAAUGCCGCCGCUGCUGCGGGAUUGGGUUUAUUGCCACAAGCCGGAGGCGCUUCUGCAAAUGACCGCUAUUCCAUGGCCGCUGCAGCGGCGGCGGCGGCGGGCGCCCAUCAUCACCAGAACACGAUGGCUGUGGCCGCUUCCCAGGCCGCCAGUUUGGCCGGUUUGCAUCCAGCAAGCUGGUGGUCGAUGGCUCAGCUAGCCGCCCAGGACUAUUUCAGUCGCCUGCAGGCCUCGGGCCUCUCACCCUUUCCCCAUCCCGAUCUUGCGGCUGCCUUUGGACCAGCUGCCAUGGGAAUGGGCGGUGGUGGUGGCGGUGCGGGUGCCGGAGGCGGAGGAGCAGGGGUUCUCGGACAAGGUGGCGGUGCAGGAAAUGGCGGGGGAAGUGGCAAUGGUGGCUCCUCAUCCAGUUCCUCGGGCAGCAAGUCAAAUAAGUCUCGCAAAGAGAAGCGAGCUGCCCAGCAACAACAACAGCAACAGCAGAGCCUAGCCAAUAGCCUAAAUGCGGCAGCAGCGGCGGCAGCAGCAGCAGCUGCCAAUAAUCCAGCAGCGGCGCUGGCCAGCAUGCACGGGUUUGGAGUAGGAGUUCCGGGAACCAGCAUACCAUCGGUGAGCACUGGCAGCGGUUCGAUAUCCACCAAUAGCGGAGGUCACGGUGGCUACAAGAGCACGGCCAGCGCUUAUGGAAAACCCUCAACCAUGACGAGCAGCAGCAUGGCUAGCAAUCCUGGCUCUGCCUACGAUCCGGUGACCCUGCACAAGGAGCUGCUGGCCAUGCAGGCCGUGGCAGCCGCUGCUUCCGGCUCGGGAUCUAGUAGUUCGUCUGGCAAAAAGUCCAGUGGAGGUGGCUCUUCCUCCUCCUCGAUGCAUGGCCAUGGCUUGGGAAUGGGCAGCGGCGGUGGCCUAAUGUCCGGUGGCAAGGCAUCGACCAGUGUGAGCGCCAGCAAUUCAUCGCUGGGAGGAAUGCAUCCCAGUCUGGCUAGCAGCAAUCCGCUGAUGUCGCCACACGCUGGAUUGGGAUCCGCGUCUUCUUCAUCUGGCAAGGAUCGGGACAAGAACAAUCCCUCGCUAAAUGCCCUCAAUUCGUUGUCCCAGUUCGGUGCUUUGGGAAUGACGCCGCAGCAGAGCAUGCAGGCGGCAAUGAAUGCGUUUGCGGCCAGCACUGGAGUGUCGCCAUCCGCCACGGUCACCUCCUCGCCGCAUCAUUCCUCCCAGCAGCAGCAGCAACAGCAGCAGCAGCAGAUGGGCGGCAACAGUUCCACGUCGGGAUCGGGUGGCAAGUCAAGCGCCAAGGACUACAUGAUGGGCAGCACUGGUAGUGAGCACCCUUCUCUGCUCGGAGUUCGUUUACCACCGGAUACGGAGAUUAUCAAGUACACGUCCUCGAUUGUGGGACCCAAAAUACCGGGUACUACCUCGCGUGGUCGCAAAAAGACUAUUUCCGAAACAGAACAGCAAACAACACAACAACAACAACAGAAACAACAACACCAAGCAGAACAACACCUACUCCAACAACAACAGCAACAAGCACAAGCACAAGCACAGGCACAAAAAGAGCUGGACAGCACAACAAAUGCCAUUUCCUCUCUGCUUGCAUUUCCAGGGCUCAGUCCCGCGAAGCGGGCUAGACUCGAAAUGGAGUAUGCGGCAAUGGCGGCAGCUGCCCAACAGCAACACCAGCAGGCUCAACAGCAACAUCAGCAGGCGCAGCAGCAACUGCACGGCAUGCUGGGAGCAGCCGGAAUCCCCGGAAUGGCUGGCCUUGUCGGCCUGCCGGGCAUGAGCGGUAAUCCCCUCGAUCAGUUGAGUGUGAGCAAGGCCAGUUCCUCAUCGGCGGCCACCACCAGCACCAGUUCCUCAUCGGCAGGCGGCAAUCUGCUCAACCAGAGCUCCAGUGAUCGCGUCGAGGUGAUCAAACUGCCACCAACCAUCACCUCCAACGGGGCCUACAAUCUCUCCAGCAAGGGAAAAGAGGUGCACGACCUCACCACCGAUCUGGCGCCCACUUCUGGAGGUGUGAAUCUCAGCCUCAAGGCCAAUGCCAACGCCUUGACACCCAGCGGUGCCGUGGGCUCAGCCUCCAAUCCCAUCACCAUCGAUGACUUUGAUGCGCCACUCAAUCUUUCCAUGAAACCCUCGGACAAGAGCAACUCUAGCAGCUCCACAACUCCGGCAGGAGGAGCUUCCUCCUCGUCCAGUGCAGCAUUGGCCGGUUUGGCCAGCGAAUAUCAGGCGGUGGCCAGUGGUCAGGGCGGAAAUAGCCUGCAGAGCUUGAGCUCGAUUACGGCUGCCUUGGGAGGAACUGGCGGCAUGCCAGGUGGUUCCAUCUCGGGCAGUGGAGGAACUUCUCCUGCUCCGGCAGGCGCUGGCACAGGAGCCUCUGGUGGCUCGGGAUCUGGUUCUGCUGGAGGAGGAUCGUCGUCUUACAAGGAGGGAAGGCCUCGCAACCUGGGACGCGGUGUAUCCAAGCCCAAGAAGAACACGGUGGCUUCGCUGUUGGCUCAAUCCCGCGCAGUGGGUCUUAAACCCAUGCUGGCCACCCAGCAGCUGCUUCAACAGGGUGCCGAUAUUGAGAAGAUCCGCCUGGCGCUGAGUGAGGCCAAUGCCCACAUGGAGACCUCCACGGAUUCCGAGAGCGUGGCUGCUGAGAGUGGUCUUUCCGAGUCGGAAAGUGAGGAUGCCAAUAUCCUGAAUGUGGCUGAGCUGAGGGUGCCAUUGGAACUGGGCUGGAAGCGGGAGACCGUGAUCCGUGGACUGACCAAACAAGGUCAAAUCCGUGGCGAGGUCACCUAUUAUGCACCUGGCAGCACGGCGCCUCUGAAGAGCAACGGACAGGUUUUUGCUAUUCUGGAGCAGCAGCCAUCGAAUCUAAGUCGUGAGAACUUUAGUUUCUCCGCGCGAGCCAUCGUUGGUUCGUUCCUGCAGCCCGCACCACCGCCGUAUGCCAACGAUGGCGAGUACAUUCGGAUGACGGACGAGGAUGUGGCCAAGCGGCUAGAGGAUCUGAAGGUCUUCACUCGCCAGACACUUAACGUGGAGCAGCGCAUCGAGAUUGCCAAGCAGCAGCAGGCGAUGCGUGAUGCCAAGAAGCUGCAGAAGGAGGAGUUGGCCAGGAACAAGGAGAAGGCGCGCCAGGAGAAGAACUCCAAGCUGGAGCAGCAGCGCAAGGACAAGGAGCUCAAGAACCAGCAGGCAGUCGAGGAGCGCAAAAAGCGGCAGGAGGAGCUAGAUCGCCUUAAACAAGAGGAGCUGCUCAAGAAGCAACAGGAGAAAGAGAAGCGUCGUCAAGAGGCCAUUUUAGCUAAGGAACAGGAACUACAGAAGCAGAAAGAGAUGCUGUUGGCUGCCGAGAUGGAACGCGAGCGUCGUCGUCAGCACAUGAGUCUCAUCCGGAUGCUGGAACUGCGUCGCAAGUUUGAAGAGCGUGAAAAGAAGAAGCACCAGCUGGUGCUGGAUAGAUUGCUCCUCCGUGAGCGUCGCAUGGCGGAGCGGAAACGAGAUGCAGAGAUUCUGCAGUUGAUUCGGCGGCCCAACGAGGAUUCUGAACUGCCACAAGAUUUGGUUAUUCCAGAGCUGGACAGGAUUGCGGGCAACCGUCUGCCCGGCCAGGCGAUGGCCGAUCUGCUGAUGGUCUUUGAAUUCCUGCACAACUUUGGUGAGACUCUGGGCUUCGACAUGGAGUCGCUGCCCUCGCUGCAGAACCUUCAUGAUGCCCUCAUCAGCGAUAGCAGUGCGGACGCCGAAGAGGAAUUGCUGUCGGUGAUGACGCAUCUCUUGGUUUGUGCCAUUGAGGAUCCGGGUGUUCCCAAUCCCGGUCGCCACACCACUUUGCUGGGACAAUCGCUUCGCAAUGCGGACAUUACAAACUCGAAUGUGUCCGAGAUCCUGAGGAUCUAUCUGUAUGCCACGGCCACGGGAGAAGUGCGCCAAAUGCACGGCAUCACUGUCGAUCGCGAACGCGAGAGAAGAGUUCCCGAUCAUCACCAGGUAGAUGCCGAUUCCGGCACUCACUCGCAUUCGGCCAAGAACCAGGAGUACUACAAACUCCUCCACGAGAACGACACCUGGAAGCUGUCGCAAUCGCUGAAGGAUCGCCCCUUCGUGGCAUUGAAUCCCACCCGGAAGGCCCAAAUGCUGGCCCACCUUUGCAACGAUCUGCUGAUGAACAAGGCGGUGCUGCGACAGAUCGAUGGCAGCCUGGAGACCUGCGCCCAGAUGCGCAAGGAGAAGUACAUGACGGACAUGAAGGUGCGCAAGUACAAGGCACUCCACAUGCGCAAGGCUCGCAUCGAGGCCUAUGAACGAGCCCAGGCGGAACGCGAGGCAGCCAUGCAGGCGCUGAUGGCGCAGCAGAAGCUGGAUGCCGAGCGUCUAAAGGCGGAGGAGGAAGCCAAGGCGGCAGCAGCUGAGGAAGCAGCAGCUGCGGCAGAAACAGAUGGUGCUGAGGCGACCAAAGGCGGCUCAGCCAAUGGCGAGAAGUCGGAAGAUCAGGAGGAUCACGAUGAGCAGGCGGUCACCAAGGAACCCCAGCAGCAGCAGCAACAGCAGCAGCAGCAACAGCAGCAGCAGCCCAUGGAGGUGGAUGGCAGCGUUGUCGAUGAGGAAUCUCUUGUUAGCCCGGCCAAAAGCAUCAUCCAAGCGGACAACAGUUUGACGCCCAACAAACAGGACAUGCCCACGCCCACCUAUCAAAUUAAUGGAUCCAGCACACCAACAACUAGUGCAACUGGUGGCGAAAUGAGUGCCCUGUUGCAGGCCAAGAAAAGCGGAGCACGCAACUCGAUUAACGAUGAGCACCAUCAUGAUGUAAGCAUCAUCGACGAUGACCUCUCCGACUUGGAUUCAGAGAUCACGAAUGUCGAAGAGGACGAGGACAAUCGCUUGAGUGCCGAUGAGUUGCAGAAGAAGCUGGACAAAAUAGUGCGAGCUUCGCUCAACUGCAAAGAGGCUCUGGAGAAGAGCACCAAUCAGCUGAGGGCGGCCUGCUUUGGACAGGAUCGCUUCUGGCGUCGCUACUGGAAGUUGCCCAAGGCGGGCGGCAUUUUCAUUGAAGCUUUGGAGUCGGCUCAAAACGACAUUUGCGGCUAUCACGAGGCAUUGGAGGGCAUGGAUGACAAAAAGGAUGGUGCUGGCGAGAAGAUGGAGUGCCCGGAGAAUGAUAAAUCAGCAGAUUCGGAGCCCACUGAGCAGCCCAUGGAAGUGGAUGAAUCUCUUACCCAACUGGAGGAUGGAGUUCCAACUCAGAAUGCAGAGCCCUCUGAAAAUAAUCAACAGAAUGCUCAUCAAGAAGAGGACGAUGACGAUGAUGAUGUGACAGAAAUCAACAAGGUGGAACCGGAAAUUGUUGACCUGGGCGACGAUGACGAUGAUGCAGCACCGCCACUGCCCAAGAUAGAACCUCCCCGACCCGAGAUCAAGGUUAAAUCGGAAAUGGAACUAAUGGGUCCGCCGCCGACCACCAUGAUAGCCACCAAGACCGACUUUGAGGCGGAAAUCAAGAUACCCACCAUGCCUGGCAUCCUGAUGCCGCCCACUCUCAACAACAACAACAACAGCAAUAACAAUAAUAACAACAACAAUGGAAGCGACAACUGUGAUAAGUUGGAAACUGGUUUGAAUCUGGGAUGUGGAGGACAACAGCAGCAAGCGCAGCAGCAGCAGCAGCAGCCGCAGCAGCAGAACUUUGGCCAGGCCGUGAUCAAGAUGGAGGAUAUGAAGAAAGAGGAUGACUGCAUCAUAGUGUCCACAUCCAGUGGUGACGAUACACCCAAGUGGUUCUCCAUUGUGCGCCGCGAAGUGCCGCUGAUCAGUGAACUGCCAGCGGAGGAGGGCGGCGUGGUGGGUCAGGAACUGCAGAAUAGCUUUGCCAAUCACAAUUGCUCCGCUCAGCUGCAGUUGCAAGGUCAUCCCUGGGAUCUGAUCAACAACAUGCAGUACUACUCCAUACCCAUGGACGAGUGCAAGGUGGACACCAGCAAGCUGGGCAACGAGUGCAUCUUCUCGCUGAGCGGCCUCGAUGAGAAACAAAUGCUGGCCAAGGUGGAGGAGUACAAGGCCCACAAGGUGGAGUCAAAAAACGGUCUGGGCUCUCCUCAUCACCGCCACCACGAGACUGAAGAUGAUGGGGAGCAGGCCAAGCUGAAGUUGGAUAAGAUGAUCGACACCGAAACGGACACGACGGAUGCCGAUGAGCUGGCUCGCAAGGACAAGUUUUUUCGCUUGCGCUCUGAUGCGCCCCCGGACACGGGAGGAGGGGCCAACGAGGGAGCCGAUGUGAAGCCCAAGAUUGAGCUGCGUCUGGACGAGGCUCUCUCGCAGGCCUACUACCACAACAUAGCCAACAUGUCGUUGAGCAGCGUGCAAACGUACAUACCCAUAGACAUUCCUCUCCCACUUUCCAUGACCCCCGAUGAGCAUCGUCUGCUGGAGCAGGUCAAGUUGGCUGGCUUCCCCGAGCGCGUUCAUGGCGUUUAUGUGCCCCGCCGACAGCGUUACGGCUGGUGGCAAUUGGACGAUGAACAAAAGUUGCGACAACUGCUCAAGACCCUCAAUCCCUCCGGCUUGAGGGAGCGUGAGCUGCAGGAGAAUCUGCAGCGUUUCCUUGGCCUGGAACAGCCAUUGGGUGUGAAUUAUCAAAUGAAAUCGGACACCGAGUUUGCGGAGGAAUUCCUAAUGCCGGACAAGAAGGGCGAUUGGAAUCCCAAGGUGGCCAAGCGUGUGGAACUGGCGCUCAUCGAGCAACUGGAAUCGCUGGAGGAUAAGGUGGCCAGUGCAUCCAUGCAAUUGAAGAACUGGCAGCUGCCCAACCGAGUGGAGAGUGAACUUACUCUGGACUCGCAGGAGGAUGUCAGCGAAGAGGAUUUCGUGAGCAUUAUACCCAUGAUUCGGGAGAGGAUUAUCGAUUUGGAGGCGAACAUCGAACGGCGUUACUUGAAGCCACCGUUGGGCUCCCAGACGGGCGAUGCCCAUUUGGCGGUGAUUGCCCAGAAUCAGCAUACCACCACCCAGACGCAGAAUUCCGCAUCCGCGGCAGCAUAUCUCCUGCAGAUGCAACAGCAGCAGCAGCAGCAACAGUUAGCCCAACAGCAGCAGCAGCAGCAGCAGCAACAAGGAUCGGGAACUGGCAACAGCCUGAAUCCCUCGUCCUUCAAUGAACGCACAAUGGCUCUGGCGGCAGCGGCAGCAGCUUCGGGAACAGGAUCCUCCACAGCUGCAGGAGGCAACACAGCAGCCGGAGGAGGAGUAACCCCCUGUGAAUCGGGCAGUGGAGAACCGAAUUCUGGGAAUGCAUCACCGGCCAGCAACUGCGACAGCGAUCGGGAUGAGAAGGUGGAGCACAUUCCCAAGGGAUUGGUUCAGUGGCGCGAUGCAGUUUCCCGAUCGCACACCACCGCCCAGUUGGCGAUGGCCCUGUACGUCCUGGAAUCCUGUGUGGCCUGGGACAAGAGCAUUAUGAAAGCGUAUGCAACAAGAAACAAGUCCAACAAAAAGAAGAGCAGCGCCAAAAAGCAGGCAACACCCGUGAAAAAGCAGCAAAAGAAGAAAAAGGAGCAGCAAUCAACAGCCAAUGGAAAAAAGAAAGAAACCGCAACCAAAAAACAAGAGAACAAAGCACCACUGAGCAUCAAAAUCAACCUCAAGGCUUUGGCUCAAAAUGGGAAGGACGCGCGGGAAGCCCAAACCAAACCCCUUAUCCAAACCCUGUCCAAAUCCAAAUCCCCAUUCCCAUCCCCAUCCCCAUCCUCCACUUCAAACACUAGCGACUCCGACUCGGACUUUGGCAAACGGACGACGAAGAAGAACGGAGGCGGCGGCAGCAAACGCAGACGCUCCUCGGCCAACAAUACAAACUCUAGCAAAUAUUCCAAUUCCUUACAGAAUUGCCAGUUCUGCACGUCCGGCGAAAACGAGGACAAGUUGCUACUGUGCGACGGCUGCGACAAGGGCUAUCACACCUACUGCUUCAAGCCCAAGAUGGACAACAUUCCCGAUGGCGAUUGGUACUGCUACGAGUGCGUGAACAAGGCCACCAAUGAGCGCAAGUGCAUCGUCUGCGGCGGCCAUCGUCCCUCGCCCGUGGGCAAGAUGAUCUACUGCGACUUGUGCCCACGCGCCUACCAUGCCGACUGCUACAUUCCCCCGCUGCUGAAGGUGCCGCGUGGCAAGUGGUACUGCCAUGGCUGCAUCGCCCGGGCGCCGCCACCCAAGAAACGCAGUGCUGGCGGCACGGCCAGCAGCAGCAGUAAAUCCAGGAGGGACAGGGAAAGGGACUCUGGUGGCUCGGCCAAGCGGCGCAGCGACAACAGCAAGACACCGCAACAACAGACCAUGGAGCACAUGCAGCAGCAGCAGCAACAGCAGCUCCAGCAGCAGAUGCCACUGGCAGGCGGGGACUCGCACCACCACCAUCAUCAUCAUCAUCAUCAUCAUCAUCAACAUCAGCAGCAGCAGCCGCCGUCGCUGAACUCGUCGCACGAUGAGUCGAUGAAUUCGCUGCCGGCGGCGCCUCUGAGUCCGGCGCACUCGGUUGCCUCCGCAACGACCUACGAUGACCAGCAUCAUGCCAACAACUCGGUCGACGGCAGCAGCCGCUUCCAAGCGCAUCUCAUCCCCCCCGCCAAUAAUGGCACGGCUGCGCUGCUGGAAGAUGUGUCGGCCGCCAAUGCCAGUUAUCCGGCCUAUCCGCCAGUUGCGGGUGGCAAUUUCUCAGCUGGAUUGAUUAACCCGGUACCAGUGCCGGUAUCGGUAUCGGUGCCACCAGCCAUGCAGUUUGCCAAUGUGGUGGCCAUGUCGCCACGGGCCGUCACGCCCACUCGCACACGAACGCCCACACCGACGCCAGCGCCCACUCCGCCACCACCACCGCCGCCGACAGCGCUGCUCAUGCAGGCCUCGCCCACAGCCGGCGCCGCCGCCGCCCUCCAUGUAACCGCCUGCCAGUCGCCGCCUCAACAGCAUCCCCAUCAGCUGAUGACCAUGCCCUCGCCACCGGCCAUUGGAGUGGGAACGGGAACGGGAAUGGGAACGGGAACCAAUCAAAUGUCGCCGCCACCCAUCAACAUACAUGCCAUUCAGGAGGCCAAGGAAAAGCUGAAGCAGGAGAAGAAGGAGAAGCACGCCACCAAGAAGCUCAUGAAGGAGCUGGCCGUCUGCAAGACGCUACUGGGGGAAAUGGAGCUCCACGAGGACUCCUGGCCAUUUCUAUUGCCAGUAAACACCAAGCAGUUUCCCACGUAUCGCAAAAUAAUCAAAUCUCCCAUGGACUUGUCCACGAUCAAAAAGAAACUGUUGGAUUUGAGCUACAAAACCCGUGAGGACUUUUGCGUGGAUGUGCGUCAGAUCUUCGACAACUGUGAGAUGUUUAACGAGGAUGAUUCGCCUGUGGGCAAAGCGGGGCAUGGCAUGCGCAAGUUCUUCGAGUCUCGUUGGGGUGAACUGACCGACAAACACUCCUGAUCCAGCAACACCAUCAGCCCGCCGCAGAUUCAAAUGGCUAGCACCAAAAGCAGCAUAGCCAUAGCCACUGGCACCGCAAACACCACCACCACCACCACCACCACCAUCCCUACCAACAAAAACAUGGCCGGCACAGCCACACAUCCCAUUGAGAUGGUCACCCUGAUUGCAACAUCGCAAGUGGAGGACGAGGGAGCCGUGGAGACGACAACAGCAUUAACUGAAGCAGCACAAUUUUGGUCAAGAGAUUAGAGUAGAUUAAGAAGAGAUUGUACAUAAUUAGGGGGGAUAUUAGAAGAGACGGUUAGUUAUAGUCUAGAAGCGCAGCAUACACACAUUAAUAUAUAUUUAUAUAUAGUAGAUAUAUAAACACCAACACACGAGAGUAUUCAACGUCCUACGUCGGUCAAGACCUUUGAAAGAGGUAGCUUUGAUUAAAUUAAAUCACCAGCCAAGGCGAACAACAGCAACAGCAACAACAGUAACAAGAAGUAUGCAAGUGAAAAAUUUAGUUUUUAGUAUUUAGUUUUUUAAGCAUCCCAAGGGCGGCAAAAACAGCAGCAGCAGUAUAAACACUUACUAUUAGCCGACAUAAACUAGCAGUUAAAAAAUCGUAUCGAUUAAGAAGCCAUCUACAGUAGGCGCCCGGACAGGAUGAACGCUGACAAAUGACAAAUGAAAACGUACAAAAACUGUCUACCAAUUUCCGGUCCGAUCCGAUCCGAUUCGAUUCGAUCGAUCGAUCCAUCGUUUGAACAGUAUUUUGUGCACAAAGCUGCGUCGCUUUGUUUUCUACACUUAUAAUUCUAACCCUAAUUUUAAAGAUUAUUUUUAAAAGCACCAACGAAGCGCUCAUUUAAGUUUUAAAGUGUAUUUUGUACUUAUAGCAACUCCGACAUCUGUAUUUAAACGUAUAUUAACUAGAACUUACAAUUGCCCAGGCAAAAUGCGAACAACUAUACUCAAAAGGCGGUGCGAGGAUGAUUUGUAAAUGUAAAUGAAAGCAAAUUAAAAUUAAAUGUAUUAAAUUA